AUGGCCGGACCAGGAUUCCACCCCCACGCGCCCUCGCUCUUCUACCGCGGCCUGUCCAAGGCGCUCGGCGCCGGGAUGUGGUUCUUCAUCUUCUACCGUGCUCGCCAGGACGGCCCAGCGCUCAUCGGCCUGCGCCACCCAUGGGACGGGCACGGGCACGGGCACGGCGACGACCACCACUAG